AUAAGACAGGACCUGAAGGCCAAUGGGAUCCGAGUCUACCCUCAGACGGAGUACGACGAAGAUCCAGAGGACAGGAUACUCAACGACAAGAUCAGGAAGCAUUCCGUUGCGGUGGUGGGGACAGACAAGAACCAGGUAAACGGGAACAAGGUCCUGGGCAGGAAAACCAAAUGGGGCAUCAUAGAGGUUGAAAACGUGGCACAUUGUGAGUUUACCAACUUGAGAGAUCUGCUGAUUAGGUCCCACCUGCAGGACCUGAAGGACGUGACCCACAACAUCCACUAUGAGACAUUCCGCGUCAGGAGGCUGAACGAGAGUAACCUGACCGUCCACGGUCUGGCCCUGUCCUGCUUUCCAAUGGAGAACGGGACCCACGGAACCAAUGGAACCAAUGGAGCCUCGGACAGGAGCGAAUCAGAGAGCCACCUCUGAGGGGGAUCACAGAGUGCGUCGCACACAGCAGCAGCUCCAGCUUCCUGCUCACAGCUUCCUGUUUCCUGUUUUGACUGCAAAAUUGUUGGUCGACUGUUUCCCCCAAUCGGAACACGAGAAAGAGAGCGAAAGAAAGAAAGAGGAACUUUUUUUUUUAAACAAAGGAGAGAUGUUUUCGGUGGCCACCACACCUUGGAUUUUGAACAUUUUAUUGAGUUUUACUAAAGACAUUAUUGAUAAGAAAUGCAUUUAAACUUCAUAUAUGAAUAUAUUUUCUCAGAAUGAGUUUAUAUGUCCUGGAAGCAGGGUCACACAGGGCUGGAAGAGCAGAGAUACAUGGAGAGAGAAAAACAGAGGG